AUGGCAAAUCAACAAACCACAACCCUGGACCAGCUCCUCGUCCCCUCACCUCUCCCCCGCAUCUACACCUUCUGGUUCCAGCACAUCCCCUCAAACGAGCGCCUGCUCCUCCCCUCCCCAGAAGACUGGAUGAAAUGGUUCUUUAAAUCCGACGAGUUCGACAGCGCCUGCACACUGGCUAGCCCUCAUCAUCCUCCUGGACCAACUCCCCGCAACAUCUACCGCGGCGAAUCCUCCCGCAUCGGCUUUGAAUUCUUCGACCCACUAGCAAGAACUAUCGCCGUCAAAGCCGGCGAAGCAGGAUACCCAGCGGGCAGUGGCAGUUCGAGCCCCUUCCGCUACCGCCAGGGUCAGCGCGUAUGGUUCUACAUGCCAUUGAUCCACGCCGAGGAUCUAGACAUGCAGGACCUUGCGCGGGUUAAGUAUGCGGAGAUGGCGGAGGAUUUCACCAGCCUGCUUGACGGGGAUGCAACGGGGUUAUCGGAUGACGAGGCGGAGUGCCGGCGUAUUCUCUUGGAGAAUCGGGCAAGGCUGGAGGAGCAGUUGAAGACGCAUUUCCGCGUGCAGAGGGAACAUUAUGACCCUAUUGCGAGGUUUGGGCGGUUCCCGCAUCGGAAUGCGGCGUUGGGGAGGGAGACGAGUGAAGAGGAGAGGAGGUUUCUAGCGGAGGGGAAGACGUUUGGGUAGUCAUCUCUCUAUCUCAUUGCAAUUGUACUCGUAGAUAAAUUUGAAAAGACAUUACUGAUUAUCGUAAAUGAAAUGAAUGUGGUAGGU